AUGGCCGCUCUCGCAGUUCCUCCUCCUGGAAUGGGUCCGGCGCUUGAUUUAAAUCCAGCUCCGCAACCGCUUACGGCGCGUCGGCCAGCGGCCUCGAAUCUUCCUGUAUUUGAGCUGCCUCCGCCAGCGAACUUUGGCCUAGUCAAUCCUUCUACCAAGUUUCCGUCGCCAUCGGCCAUAAACCCUGUAUCGAACGUGAGCAGUCUACUCACCCCGCCUUCAAAUCAUUCGGGUGAAGGCACGGCCAAUUCAUUGCCACCUGGCCCGAGCAUUUCUACUGCCAUCUCAGCAGCCCAGGAGGUCUCCUCGUAUCCGCCAUCGUGGCAAAACCAGAGCUCGUAUGCUUACGGUUCUCCUUCCCAAGCUUCAUGGGGCCCCAGUUCCGCUGGUAUCUUUCCACCACCACGGAGUGUGCUCUCCCCCACGUCUGGAUCUCUUACUCGAAGCAGCACCAGUCUACCGCCUACGACGAGCGAAGGUAUGGCGCCGCAGUAUGAGCUCAACCAUCAUCUUCCCCCUUUCCAACAGUCUAUACCCACUUCGUCACCUGCGUCUGCUACUUCUGUUAUAUCCCAUGGACAGCAUCCACAACAGCAAGCUAUGACUCAGCUUCCCUCGACUUCUGGUUCUUCUUCCCAUUACCAAACGGCUACGGUUGAUUUGUAUGGGUCGCGACCACUUGUGAGCCCCUUAUUCAGUUCAUCAUCAGUCGGCGCCGGCGCAUACCCCCCCUCGUAUGGAGCCCCGCCUGUCGGCCAGAGCGGAUACACCCCUCGAUUACAAUCUGGACCAGCUCAAUCUCCGCCAAUGCAACCACCUCAUUUGGGCUACAGCCGGCCACCAUGGCCCUCAUACUCGCUACCUGCUAUGGCGGGACCAAUCAUGACGAACGUACAUAAUCCUAAUGGACAGAUGUCGCUUAUGGGUAACAUGGCCGCCGGCAUGAUGCCGGGAUUCACCAGCGGUCAUCUAGCGAGCAUGCAGCAUAUGUACGGCAGCCAUCCUUCGCAUCAUCAUCAAGGACAUGGCCAGUCUGCCCCGCCAAAUGAUCGUCCUUUCAAAUGUGAUCAGUGUCCUCAGUCAUUCAACCGAAAUCAUGAUCUCAAAAGACAUAAGCGCAUUCACUUGUCUGUCAAGCCAUUUCCCUGUAAUCACUGCGAAAAGAGUUUUUCACGCAAGGAUGCUCUCAAGCGACAUCUCCUUGUCAAAGGAUGCGGGAAAAAUACGGACACGAAUUCUAAUUCCGGUACCAAGGACGACGACAGCCUAACCAAAGUCGAGUCACAUAGUGAUAAAGCGAGCCCCCUUUCAAACAGCGUCUAA